CUGUUUUCGGCACUCUUCUCCACCAUCUCUCUCACACUCCCAACUCUCUCUUCUCCAUAUACAACAUUUCCUCCAUCUUUUUCCUUAACUUCCUAUACUGUUCUGUUCAAGUUUUCCGGUCGACAACAAUGGCGUCGAGCUCCAUGACCCGUGGCUCCGGCAGCGCCUGGACUGCCAAGGAAAACAAAGACUUUGAGAAGGCACUAGCAGUCUACGACAAGGACACCCCCGACCGUUGGGCCAAUGUUGCCAGGGCUGUCGGAGGACGCACCGAGGAAGAGGUCCGAAGGCAUUACGACAUCCUCGUUGAGGACAUCAACUGUAUCGAGAGCGGCAGAGUGCCCUUCCCCAACUACCGUACCACCUCCUCCUCCGGAGGUGGUUACAUGAGAAACAAUGAGGAGCAAAGUUGCCAUGCAGGAUGAAAAACCUGAAGCUGCAGUGAGCCAGCCGUCGGAUACAUGAAAUAAUAAAGGAAGCACCGUCCAUCUAUAUAUAUACGUCGAGAUCUACGUACGUACGCGGGGAUAUGUCUAUCUAUAUAUCUAUACACAUUAUAUAUAUAUAUAUAAGAAUAUGCAGCUAGCAUGCAGUAGCUUAUGAUGACCAGAAUCACACACACACACAGAGUGGUUCUUGGUCGAUCGUAUUGGCAAGUUGUAUAUUUAUAUCCAAGUUGUUUGAGAUCUAUGUAUUGAUCACGACUACGUUUAGUAUGAAUGAAGAUAGUGUUCCUCGC